UUUGAUGAGUCUCCAACCUUCUGAAAUGGACGCUUCACCGGUGUCAUUUUAAAACCCGUUCUGGAACGAGGAGGCGGUUGGAGAUGAGAAGCUGCCAAGCGAGAGCCCAUCAUGAGCAUCGAGAGACUCGGCGGCGCGAUCGGGGAUUCCCUUGGCUCUAGCCUGACGGUACGCAUGAGCGGCGCAGGCGGAAUCCGGAGUUCUCUCUCCCUGAAAUCCGCCGGUCGGAUCACCUCCCUCCUCCAAACCAUAGUCCCCACCAGCUACACCAAGCUCCAGGAGGAGCGCCUGCCUAUGGCCGACCUCGGGGCCAAACCCGAAGCCGGCGCGCUCCAGAACGGCUACAGACAAGAGACGCUUCACCUGGAAGGCCGACGGCUGUUGGACCGCGCCUCUCGCUCCUCGGUCACUCUGUCGGACUCGGGAGAUGGAAACUACUCGGAACUGGAGCCGAUGUUGGCUGAGAGGAGCCUGUCCGGCGACGAGGCGGAUGGCGAAGAGGAUGAGGAGGAAGGGACGCAGCCUGCCGUGCACAUUCUGCCCAAGGAGUCCCCCCUGGCCAUGGCUUUUCAGAUCCUUGUCCCUUUUCUGUUGGCCGGCUUUGGAACUGUAUCGGCCGGUAUGGUGCUGGACAUUGUGCAGGUAAUGUGA